GCCAGGUUGUUCCCAGUUCUCCCAGGGCUCAGGACACGGGCUGGGGGGCACAGCCAUUCUCCUCCGCAAUAUUCCCUUUUUUUUUUGCAGCCCUUUGGUGCAGAAGUUGCAGAAUUGCUGCGGGAUCCAGGGAUGCGAACAUUGCCCAUGCUUCACCUGGCCGAGGCUGAAGGACAAUGACAGCCCGCACUGAUCUUUAUUAUGCUGCCGUCCCCCGGAUAAUUCUGCAGUGGCAUCCCUGUUCUGCUUUCUGCACAGCAUCCAAAGGUUGACUGGGACUUGCUUGGCUGCAGUGUUUUGUUCAGAUGGGUGGAACGCUCCCAGCAAGGUUGUUUACCCAGUAAAAGCAUCCCUGAGGAGCUCCAAGGCAAAAACCUUCUCCUGAGAGCUGAUUUCCUCAUGUUUUUCUUUGAGCUGCUGAAAGAACAUCCCAGAAAAUGCAGGAGCCCUCCACCUAACAGCAGUGGAAACGAGGCACCACUCCAGCAUGAACUCCAGUGCAUACCAGAAUUUUGAUGCCAAGUGCUUCAAGUGCUUCAAGGAUAAAGAGUUUAUGUAACUGCUGUGGGAUUCAGGACUGCUGCACUCUCAUUCUUCUGACUGUUUCACAAGAUUACCUGAAUGUUUAAUUGGACUAUGAUAAGAAGACAGGAUCUGGAAGUGAAAGAUGAACCCACUUCAUGCAAAGAAAUCAAGAUUUUUAAUGUGUGCUGCUGUCUGUAUGUUCAUCUACACCUUCAUUUACCUAAAGGUUCCACUUUAUGACGAGUCAAACGACCAAAAAUUCCGCGUCAAAAGAGCCGAGUGUGGUUUUUACCCUGAUGAACUUUGCUCAGCUCUUUUUGUGGGGAAACCUGCAGCCUUUAAAAUUGGAAACUUUUGUCAGAAGUCCUACCAGCCCAAAGCACUGAGCUGCAUUCAGACUUCCUGCAGCUGCCCCACAGUCCUGGAGACUCUGCAUUUUAUCAGCAGACCACUGUCAGAGGAAGAAGGGAAUUUCUCCUUGGCGUACAUCAUUACAAUUCACAAGGAGCUGGAAAUGUUUGUGAGGCUGCUAAGAGCUAUUUAUAUGCCUCAGAAUAUUUACUGCAUCCACAUUGAUGAGAAGUCACCCAGAGAUUAUAAAACUGCUGUACAGAACAUCGUUAACUGCUUCGAAAAUAUUUUUAUUUCCUCCAAAAGAGAACACGUUGUUUAUGCAGGGUUUUCAAGAUUACAGGCUGACAUUAAUUGCAUGAGAGACCUCGUUAACUCCAAAGUUCAGUGGAACUAUGUUAUUAAUCUGUGUGGUCAAGAUUUCCCCCUGAAAACAAAUAAAGAAAUCAUACAAUACAUAAAAAGCAAGUGGAAUGGUAAAAACAUCACCCCUGGGAUAGUGCAGCCCCUCCACGUGAAGCACAGGACAGAGGUGAGCUACAGGGAGUUCGUCCAUUCUGGGGUGCCCUACGUGUACCCAGCAAAGAUCAGGAAAGCUCAGCCUCCACACAACCUCACCAUUUAUUUUGGCAGUGCCUAUUACAUCCUCACCAAGGACUUUGUGGAGUUCACACUGAGUGAUGCCCGGGCAAAGGCUCUGCUGGAGUGGUCCAGGGACACCUACAGCCCUGAUGAGCACUACUGGGUCACCCUCAACCGUUUGCCUGAUGCUCCAGGGGCUACACCCAAUGCAGGCUGGCAAGGAGACCUAAGAGCCAUUAAAUGGAAAGAUCAAGAAGGACUCUCACACAAAGGCUGCAAAGGUCAUUAUGUCAGAGACAUCUGCAUUUAUGGCCUGGGGGAUCUGCAGUGGAUCAUUGAGUCCCCUCAUCUGUUUGCCAACAAAUUUGAGGCUGGGAGGAACCCCCUGGUGCUGGAGUGCCUGGAGAGGAGGCUGAGGCUGAAGGUGCUGAGCCAGGCUCAGGUGCCCAUCGAGCAGCACUGGCGCCUGCAGCAGCACAGCCACUUCAACAUGCAGCUGCAGGGCUGAGCUCUGCCCUCUGCUCCAGGAAUGUGCAGCAUCCUGCUGGAAAAAAAGGGUAUUUACAGCCAUGGGAUUCACUCUGUGCAGUGAGGGUAAAGCACAGUGCUGUGCUCCCUAAAUAAAUGGGGUUUAUUUAUUCUGGUAGCAAUGGGUUCAUUCCCAAAGAAUGUCUGAAUCUCUGCUGAAGGAAAGGGGGGAAGUUCAUCAUCCAUUGAGUGACUUAUUUAACUGGAAAAGUCAAUAUUCCUCAUGUUCACAGCCAAAGCAUGACUAACUGGCAUGAAAAUAAUAGCAUGGAAGCAGUGACUGAACAAAGAUAAAACAUGGAGAAACAACAAAUUAAAGUCAUGGCCACUGAA